AUGUCUUACUACGAUUUAGACGCAAUCCUCACGGACGCCGAAAAAGUCCCCUGCAAGUUCGAAAUCGACGUGCCAGGCCUUGGCUAUCUCGACAAUAAUCCUUCGCAGCCUCUCAAGGCAAACACGACCGUGUCUCUACCGCUAUGGCUAGCCGAGCUCCUGGCACUGGCCAACCGGUCUGCCAACUCUCAAGACUCAUCACCUUUCCUCACUCUCUCGAUGCCUACCACGCUUUCGAACGAAGUCACAUCCGCGCUCAAGGCCGAUCCACGCGCCGUUCCUCUGCGCGACCAGUCGCACAACUUUUACGCAUUGGCGACGCGAAUGCUCGAUCUGUUUGAGGAACCGGAGGUGGCUGCAGUGUUACGGAGGACAUUCGUCACAAGAGCAGGAGAGACAGCGUUGCACGCGAGGAAAGUUGGCGCAAGCGACGACUACAAAGUAGCAGGGGGGGAAGAGUUCAUGCGUGGCCUCGAGGCAUGGGAGCGCGCCCUGUUCUUGCGAGCACAUGAUGGCGCAAGAGACUCAAAGAAAUGGAUGGAAGGCGUCAAGAGGUGA